AUGGAGUUGCAAAAUCCCAAAGAGGAAAAUGGAAUCAAACCUAACAACGUGCCACAGCAAGAUCUCAUUCAAAGGGUUAUAGGAUCUUUCGGGAAAUAUCAGCUAUAUCUAUGCCUAUUGAUAUUUCUAACCAAGUUUCCUGUUGCCUUUCAUCAAAUGGCUAUUAUAUUCUUAUCACCAAAAGUAGAAUACACUUGUAUAGGCUCUAGUAAUAAUGCAACAUGUCCGUGUUCAAGCCCACAAUACGACACGUCGAUAUUCACAAAUAGUAUAAUUAUGGAAUGGGAUUUGAUAUGUGACAGAAAGUGGUUGACUAGCUUUACUCAAACUUUAUUCCAGUUGGGCACUUUAUUAGGUAGCGUUUUUUUUGGAAUGGCCUCUGAUAGAUUCGGAAGAAAAAAGCCUUUAUUAGUAGCCGUUGUAAUUCAAGUUUUGAUGGGAAUUAUUGCAGCUUAUGUGCCAGAAUUUUGGACAUUUACUUUUGUCAGAUUUUUAAUUGGCAUGUCUGUUGGUGGAACUAUGGUCACUGGAUUCGUUAUGGUCAUGGAGUUCGUCGGAACUAAAUAUCGGGAUCUUAUAUCAGCGCUCUAUCAAGUUCCGUUCAAUUUGGGUCACAUGCUAUUACCAGUUUUUGGAUAUUACUUCCGAGAUUUCACAUCAUUUCAAUUGGCGAUUUCCAUACCAUCAAUUAUACUUCUGGCAUACUUCUUCUUACUACCUGAAACGGCUCGUUGGUUAAUUGCAGUUAAGAGAACCGAUGAAGCUAUUGUUAUAUUGGAACGGGUAGCUAAAGUGAACAAAAGACCAACCGAAAAUAUACGUAGUGAUAUUGAAUUAUAUCAAAAGUCAUUGGAAAACAGUCAACUAAAGAAAGGCAACAUAUUGGAUCUUUUCCGAACUCCAAAUCUACGAAAAAAUAUAGCUGCAAUGUCAUUUAAUUGGUUAACCUGUAGUUAUUGCUUUUAUGGAGUAUCACAAUACGUGGGGCAACUGAGCGGAAAUGUUUUUACAAACGUUGCAUUAAGUGCUAGUGUGACGUUACUAGGCACUUUUGCCUCUAUACCUCUGAUGAAAGUAAUCGGUAGGCGAACUAUUCUCAUAUUGUUCAACUUUAUAUGUGCUUUGUGUUUGCUUAUACUAGCAAUAAUACCAGAAGGCAUUGGAUCAGUUAUAUGUGCUAGUAUAGGAGUAGUUGCCAGUUUUAUAGUUUUCGUCAUAGUUUACUUAUACUGCACGGAAUUAUUUCCUACGGUAGUACGUAAUGCUGCUCUUGGUUUUUCUUCAAUGAUGGCUCGAGUUGGUUCUAUGAUAGCGCCGUUUGUGAUAGAAAUGAGAGACGUCGCUAUAUGGAUACCGCCAGUUCUCUUUGCAAUAUUCCCGCUUGUAGCUGCGUGUAUAACAUUCGUUCUCCCAGAGACGAAAGGUUGCGAGUUAAUGACUACAAUAGAAGAGGGAGAACAAUUUGGUAAAAAGAAAACAGCGAAUAAAGCA